AUGCGGGGGUCAAAUUCCGAAAUUGCCUGGGUCAGUGGGGACGCCGAACCGCUCGGACCGAGCGCGACGACGGACGGCGGGGUGAACUUCGCGGUGCGAUGCGCUUCGAGCGCGCAAGCGGUGACGUUGUGCGCGUACGACGCCGAAGACGACUGGACGCGCGUGAAGCCUCGGUUUGAGGUGCCGAUGAUGCGAACGGGAGACGUGUGGCACAUUAAGAUGAUCAGUGGGAUGGUGAGGAGUGGGAUGCGGUACGGAUAUCGCAUCAACGGCGAGGGUGGUUGGGACACCGGGCAGCGAUUCGAUGCGACGAAAGUGCUCAUGGAUCCGUACGCGCCGCUCGUCGAGGCGAGACGGAAGGUCUUUGGAGAGUGGUCGAAGCACAAGGUGAGCGGUGACACGAACGAUCCGGAUAUGUUGAGCGGUUACGAUUUUGAGUCAGCUCCGUUCGAUUGGCGAGGCGUGGAGUCGCCGCAAAUCGACGAGAAGGAUAUGAUCGUGUACGAGAUGACUGUUCGCGCGUUUACCGCGGAUGCAAGCUCGGGAUUAGAUGCUGACGCGCGCGGAUCGUACGCGGGCGUCGCCGCGAAAGUUGAACACUUAAAGUCUCUGGGUGUCAACGUCGUCGAACUGUUGCCGGUGUUUGAGUACGACGAGAUGGAGUUCCAGAGAAUUCCGAAUCCGCGUGAUCACAUGGUGAACACUUGGGGAUACAGCACGAUGAGCUUUUUUGCACCGAUGACGCGGUUCGGAAAGAAGGGCUGCUCGGCUCGAGAGGCAUCGCGAGAGUUUAAGGAGAUGGUCAGGGCGCUUCAUGCGGCGGGCAUCCAAGUCAUCCUCGACGUCGUAUACAAUCACACUGGCGAGAUGAACGACGAGCUCCCGAACACGUGCUCGAUGCGCGGCAUCGAUAACAAGACGUACUACAUGACGGAUACAAACCAGUACGUGCAAAUGCUGAACUUUACGGGUUGUGGCAACACGCUCAAUGCGAAUAAUCCGUAUGUGUCUCAGUUCAUACUCGAUUCGCUGAAACACUGGGUGAAAGAGUAUCACGUCGACGGCUUCCGCUUCGAUCUCGCAAGUGCGCUGUGUCGCGACGAACAGGGUCAUCCAAUGAACUCACCGCCGCUCAUCCGCGCCAUCGCAAAGGAUCCAGAGCUCGCGCACGUCAAGCUCAUCGCCGAGCCAUGGGACUGCGGCGGAUUAUACCAGGUCGGAAGCUUCCCGAACUGGGAUCGGUGGUCGGAGUGGAACGGUGCCUAUCGCGAUGUUCUGCGUCGUUUUAUCAAGGGCGAUGAGGGUAUGAAGAGCGAUUUUGCUCGUCGCAUCAGCGGCUCGUCGGACAUGUACCAUCAUAACAAUCGCAAGCCGUAUCACUCCGUGAACUUCAUCACCGCUCACGACGGCUUCACCCUGCGCGACUUAGUGAGCUACAACACGAAACACAACAUGGCGAACGGAGAGUUUAACAACGACGGCGCCAACGAUAACUACUCGUGGAACUGCGGUCACGAGGGCGACACGAGCGACGAAUCUGUUAAGGCGCUUCGCUGGCGACAGAUGAAAAACUUUCAUGUGGCACUGAUGAUCUCCCAAGGUACACCGAUGAUGCUCAUGGGCGACGAGUACGGUCACACGCGUCAUGGAAAUAACAACACGUACGGGCACGACGACAAGUUGAACAACUUCCAGUGGAACGAGCUCGACAGUCAAAAGGAGCACUACUUCCGCUUUGCUUCGGAGAUGGUCAAAUUCCGCCGGUUGCAUCCGCUUCUCGGUCGCGAGACCUUUCUGACCGACGCAGACGUCACUUGGCACGAAGAUCGAUGGGACGAUCCGCAAUCGAAGUUUUUGGCGUUCACGUUGCACGAUUCCGCCGGGUACGGAUGCGGAGACUUGUACAUUGCCUUCAACGCGCACGAGUUCUACGUCGACGCCGCGUUGCCGUCACCGCCCAACGGGAAACGAUGGGCGAGAAUCGUCGACACGAAUUUGCCCUCCCCUGAGGACUUUAUCGUCAAAGGUAAGUUUGGGGUAGAGUCUCGAUACAACGUCGCGCCUCGCGGGUGCGUCAUUUUGAUGUCCAAGUGA